AUGUCAAGCCCCGUUGGAAUCGAGUUGCCUCUGGCCAAGUUUGCAUGCGACCACUGUAGGAGAAGGAAGCUCAAAUGUUCUCGCAAGCUUACCAAAUGCGAUAAUUGCAUGCAGUGGACUUCUGGAUGUAGUUACUCCCAUGCCCCAAAGAAGCGAAUGACCACGUCGUCCAAACAGGACGCCGCAGCUGAGCGUGUGGAGGAUCGCUUGGAUCGGAUUGAAAACACCCUCGCCCAGUUGACAGCCGCUGUAGGAACUCUCACUCAACUGUUCCAGACCCAUCUCGGAUCUGAGACUUCUCAGCCGGAACCAGUGCAGAGGGCGUCCGCUGAACCUUCGCAAAGAGAUUACGCUGUGGCUCUUGAUCCAUCCCAUGUAUUCUCUUCAUUUCCGGACACCCCUGCAGAUCUCCAAUCGAUCCAGUCGCAAAUCAAGAUUCCAAAUCAACUUGAUGGCUCGGCAAGUCUGCAGGAUCUGACUGAUGCCCUUGCUUCGGUUCGCCUUCCUACUGACCGAGAGGAAGGCCAAAAAUUAAAAGACGUGUUCAUGAUGGUUGUUGAGAAAGGCCACCCGUUACAUCUACCACCGCCUCGCGAACUCCUCUCCAAAAUAAUAUAUGAGCCAUCUGCGGUCACUGAAAGGGGAUGGAUUGUCUUGUUCAACUUUUUGUCCCUCGUUGCUACUACGGGACAGGAUCCACUCUCGAAAGCCAUGAGUGCAAGAUUACGCUGGAACACUUGGCUGGCCCUGGAUGACUCCAGUCUUUUUCUAGAACCGCUUCAAAUAAACAUUCUAGCAUUGUUGACUAUUGCUUCGCAUGGCGAGGAUUUUACUACUCCAAACAUGUCAUGGCUUUUGGUUGGUCAUGCGUGUCGGCUGGCUCAGGCUGCUAAUAUCCGACCUCCUACGUUACCAGAUAAUGAUCUCAAAAAGCAACAGUUGUUCCUUUUCUGGAGUCUGUUUGUUACUGAUAAAUCGGUGGCAUUGGCGUUUGGCCGACCACCAGCAUUGUCCUCUACAUAUUAUCAGAGCCUUUCUUUACCUGAUGCAAUCUACUUUACAGACUUCGCUCCACAUAUUCUACUGCGCACAAGAUCUAACGUUUCUAUUGAGAGUCGCUUUGGUGCGAAUUUCUUUGUCCGAGCAAUCGCUUUGGCUCAUGUGAGAGCAAAUAUUUCCGAUUUCCUUGGGGGUCGAGGAGUUCUCAGCCCGAUAGCGACUGUUCAAAAAAGCUUUACGUUAGAAAAAGACCUUUCAGAUUGGUAUCAUGAUACAAAAACGCUCCUCGUCUCUUCCCGACAAGACGACAUACCAAAUACAAACGAAGCUGAACAGAUGGAAAUGCACAUAGCCAUCGAGUCAAUGACCUUCCAGUAUCACCACCUGCGCGUUUUGCUUACUCGACAAGAUGAAAAAAGUGUCGGCAUUUGCCUACAAUCAGCCCGAGAGGCUAUAUUGACUUUGGAUAACCUGGUCUCCUCAUCAUCCCGCGUAUACAAUGGCAUAAUAUGGCAACUACUAUACUUUCCAUUUACGCCUUUCUUCGCUAUAUUCCGGCAUAUUAUUCGCGCUCCAAUGGCAGCGACUGCUGCGAGUGAUCUUCAGUUGCUUCAGUCUACAGUAUCAUACUAUUCCCGCAUGACAUCCCAAGGGAUAAUGGCGAGCAAGUUAGAAAAAAUAGCUCAUGUGUUUGCCUGUCUUGCGGGGCUUUAUAUGCAGGAUGCGUUUCAGAAUGCUAUUAUAGACACCAAAGCUCCAGGCCCAAGCAAUUCAAGCAUGACAGAAGUUGCAGGAUUUAAUGUUGCAUUUCAACCAGCAUCACCUCUUCCAUUUGGAGAAGAGAGCUUUCUCACUGACAUCUCGAUGGAUGAUAUCUUGGAUUGGUUUUCGCAGGACAAUAACUUCGAAGAUUUGAGUAGGGGUGAAGAUUUUGGCCCGGUCGCCUCGUCAAAUAUUCUCGGUUCGAUUUCAAGUAGGACUCGCAAACGGCCUCUUGACUGCGACUUUGACUGGAUUUCUUGGGACCUUAGUCAUAACUGUUGA